GGGUUUUCACAAAAAUGGAGAUGUGUCCAAACAAAAAAAAAUGUUCUUCAAAAUGUGAUGUUUGGUUAUUUAGAUUAGGGUUUUUCACGCAAAAUGGAGAUGUGCCAGAAGAAAAAGAAAAAAAAAAAAGAAAAAUUCGCUCAUGGAAUCAUAGGUAAAUUAAGACAGGAGACAAGCCCACGUCAUCGAAAAUUAGUCCAAGAUUUUUUUCUCUUUUAUUUUAUUUUUGAAGCAGACUGAAGUAUGUUUUCAUCUCUCUUCCGAAAACCCCAAGGAAUUUUGUUCAAGAGAGGCAAAGUUGAAUCAUCAAAAGCUUCUUCUUCUUCAAAAGCAAUAGUUUGCAUCAACUAGAAAACUACACAAGAACUGCAAGCGUAACACAGCUUACAUUGGGCAGCAACACAAAGGCUCUCAACUGAACAAAUGAAUGUUCCUGCCAAAAUUGCUGAAAAAGUACCCAUUUUGGGUGCUCGAUUAACACACCCUUCUAUUAACAGAGGACUACCCAAGUUGAGAUUUCUCAGUUCUCAGCAUCAAAUUAGGGGUUCUGUGUUGGGUCUUUCAACAACAAUGGAGGCUCCGGAUUUGAAAGGGCGUGGUUUAGGUUUAGAGAAUAGAAUAACAAGGGCAGCUCUUCUUGCAACAGAAGUCUAUGUUAAUGAAGCUAUUCAAGCUAUCAAACAAGGAAAAGUUAUUGCUGUGCCUACUGAUACUCUUUAUGGAUUCGCUUGUGAUGCCUGUUCAGCAGAAGCAGUUCAUAGGAUUUAUGAGAUUAAAGGGCGUAAACAAACAAGUCCUUUAGCUAUUUCUGUUGGGGAUGUUAAAGACAUCGAGAGGUUUGCUUGUACAGAUCAUUUGCCUAAGGAUUUGCUUGAUAGUCUUCUCCCUGGACCUGUCACUGUUGUGCUAAUGCGAGGUGAGUCUAGUAUACUUGAGAAAUCUUUGAAUCCAGGAUUAGACAGCAUAGGAAUUCGUGUACCAGAUUCAGAAUUUAUUCGGAUGAUUGCACGUGGUUCUGGAAGUGCACUUGCCCUUACCAGCGCAAACUUAAGUGGGCAACCAAGCAGUGUAUGCAUCAAAGACUUUGAGAACCUGUGGGAGCACUGCAAGUAUGUGAUUGAUGGUGGUUUGCUUCCUUCAGGACGUGCCGGAUCAACCGUGGUUGACCUCACAAGGCAAGGAAAUUACAAAAUCCUAAGACCUGGAAGUGCCAUGGAAGAGACAGUAGCAAUCCUUCAGAGACACUCCCUACGAGAGGACGAACGAUGAUGCAAAAACUCUACAAUGAGGGUGAUUGUCACAUUGUAAAGUAAUUUCUUCUUUUUAGACAAGUGGUGUAACAUCGUAUCGUCUGAGUAGGGGAAAUCCAUUUGUCAGAUUUCACUCCUCAAAGAAACGAAAUUGUAUCAAAUGAUAGCUACUGUUACUUUGUCUAUUGAGUUGGAUAAAUUUUAUAUGGUGAUAAAAACUGUUAGCAUGGAUUCAACAUAUGGUAAGGUAAAGAAAGCUGUUCUUUGCAUUA